GUGACAUGCAGAGGAGGCGACAUCUCUCCACGGCUUUCCUUCGGUAGAAGCGUCUGUACUAGCAGCACACGAUAACUGCUGUGGAUUGGAGUUUUCUUCGUGUUUGGUAAAAUAAAUCAAUGAUACGUGGUACAAUUAAGAAAUUAUGAGCGGAGACAGCGAGAGUAGACUUUUCUCCGAAAGUCUGGUCCUAGACGACUCCAAGGAAGGAGUUGUUAUUACCGAAAUCACAGAUGACAAAAUGGCUGCAAAAAGUGGCCUACAAGCAGGGGAUGAGAUUGUAACAGCCACUAUACACCUAGACCACCUCAGGAAAGAUGAAGUCUUGAAGGUCCUGAAAGUCUUGGAGUCAUAUGAUAAAAACAUGGUGGUUCUGACAAAGAAGGAGCUGGCCGCCCGUGCUGACCUUGGCUCCUUUGGAUUAGUGUGCAAAGACCCCGGGAAGAUGCUCAACUUUGAAAAGGAUCUGUCACUGGAUGCUUCAGCUGAGGCACCCUUUGUUUCCCUUGACGGCCUGAGUGGAAAGCUAAAUGCUUCACAGAGCUUGGGGGGUGAAAUAGGUGGUCCUACUCUCAAUGGAGACCUUCCCAGUCUCAGUUUAAAUAAGCCCUCGGCUGAGGCCCCUGCCAAGUUCCCAAUGCCCUCACUGGGGCUGAAUAGACUAGAUAUAAAAAGAGAUCUAGAUGACACCAUCAAUGCACCUAAUGUCAGUGUCUUUCCCCAAAUCAACACCAAAAAUGCAUCACUCGACGUUGAGAAACCAGGAAUCAAGGCAGGCAGCCAGAAAUACAAGGCGCCAAAAUUCACAAUGCCACACUUCCCCCAACUGAAAACACCAAAAGCACACAUGGAUGUUUCUGGUGAUACAAGUCUCCCUCUCAGUGGAAAUCUAGAGACACCAAAUAUGAAUCGGCCAGCCACAAAAUUAGAUCUUGAAAGUCCGAGGUUGGACGUGAAUGGGGAUUUGAAUGGUCCUGACAUAAAUUUAGAAACCUUAAAUGCUGAGGGAUACAAAAUCAAAUGGCCCCAUCUGAAAUGGAAAGGUGCCAAAAUUAAAGGACCAGAUGCUGACUUAAAUGCGGACCUAUCUGCACCUGAUUUCAGCUUCAACACACCAAAGAUCAAUGGGGAUAUCAGUGCACCAGAUGUUGACAUCAACUUACCCAAAACUGACAAGAAAAGCUUUGAUUUAGAUGUUCAAACCCCAAACCCUGACAUUGAUACCUCACCUGGUAGAAUCCACUGGCCUAAUUUUGGGAAAAAAACUAAACUUCAUGGCCCCAAAACUAGUCUGGACUUGGAUGCAGACCUAAACCCAGCAUGUGUAGAUCCCUCGCUUCCAAAAAUGGAGGAUGGAAUAAACGCCUCUGAUUUUGACAUCAAUUUGCCGACGGCUGAGCUAGACGUGCAAACCCCAAACAUUGACGUGGAUGCUCCAUCUGGUAAAACCAACAGGCCUCACUGGAAAUGGAAGAAACCAAAACUUCAAGGCCCCAAAGCAGACCUAGACACAGAUGCAGACAUUAGCAUACCCAAUUUAAAUGUUUCAACUCCAACAAUUGAGGGUGCCAUUAAUGUACCAAAGACUGAGCUGAAUCUCCCAAAAGCUGACAUUAGCAGCCCCGAUGUAGACUUUCAGGCACCAGACAUUGAUGCUCCAUCAGGUAAAAUAAACUGGCCUCAUUUGAAGUGGAAAAAAAACAAACUUCAUGGCCCCAAAGCUGAUAUGGACCUCAGUGCAGAUCUGAGCUCACCAGAUGUAGAUCUCGCAGUUCCUAAAAUUGAUGGUGCGCUAAGCACACCUGAUGUUGAUCUGAAUUUACCCAGAGCUGAUGUUGAUGUCAAAGCAGCUGAAACUGGCAAACUCAGGUUCCCCACACUCAAAAAGCCCAAGUUCCUGCUUUCUGGGCCAAAGGUGAAAAGCUCAUUGAUUGACGUUGAUGCUGAUGUAAAAGCCCCUGACCUCAAACUCUCUCCCAAAGCAUCCCUUGAUGGACCUGAUGUUGAUUUGAUUCUACCCCAAGCUGAUGUUCAAGCCCCAAAUUUAGACAUUGCGGGUCAAUCUGGGAAGCUCAAAUGGACUUUAAAAAAGCCAAAGGGUUCAGUCUCAGGUCCUAAGAUUGAUUGUCCAGAAGCAAAUCUAAAUGCCAAUGUCCCCGAUUUGAGUCUCGAAGCUCCACAGAUUGAUGGUGAGAUAAAAGCACCAGAUCUACCCAGAGUGGACCUGAAAGGCCCAGAGAAAUGGUUCAACUUCAAGAAACCCAAAAUUGGUACACCAAAGGGUCCAAAGGGUGACAUUGAUCUUGAUCUGAAGGCACCACAAAUGGACCUCAACGGGGGUGAUGUGAACAUGAGCGCUCCAAACCUCAAGACUCCAAAACUCAAUAUGGCAGAUCCAUAUUUGGAUAUCAACGGUCCAGAUAUCAACUCUGACAUUAACCUACCUAAAGCCAAAGUGGUUGCACCUAAGUUAGACUUUAAAGCAAAAGAUCUCACCUUGUCUGCACCGAAAAUGGAUUUUAAUGCCCCAGAUUUUGACAUGAAUGUCCCAAAGGCUGAUCUGAAUGGUCCUGUCAUAGACCUUCAAACUCCAGACUUUGAUGCCUCAGCUGAAAAAUUAAAGAUACCUAAAAUAAAUCUUCCAAAGUUUGGCCUGAAAGGGCCAGGGGUAAAAGGACCCAAUCUCAAUGUUGAUGCUGAUAAUGUCAAUCUUCCAGAUGUAAAUCUGAAAUUGCCAAAAGCUGAUGUCAAAACGCCUAGCUUGAAUCUUUCUUCAAUUAAAGGAGACCUCUGCACUCCAGAUCUAGAUGUGGAUGCUGCUCUUAAGACAAAUAUUGACCUUUCUGCCCCCAACACAACCAUCGGUGUACCAGACAUCAAUGUUUCUACCCUGGAUGCAAAACGUUCACAUCUCAACCUUAAUUUGCCUCAAGCUGAUGUAUCAGGGCCCAGUUUUGAUCUACCAAAAUCAGACCUCAAGGCAUCGGAGCUCAACUUGAAAGCACCAGAUCUCAGCCUGUCUCCACCAAAGAUUAAUGGAAACUUCUCAGCGCCAGAAAUACACACCAAGGUGCCAAAAACUGAGCUGGAAGCACCUGUCACACUGAAAUCUCCAAACAUGGAUAUCAAACUGCCAAAAGCAGACCUCAAAGGACCUGACGCACAGUUAAAAACAACAGAUUUAAAUUUUGAUUCACAUCUGGGUGAUUUUAAGUUUCCUCAUUUCAAGCAUCCAAAACUUGGUCUUGAAAGUCCCAAAGUAGAAGUUCCCAGUGUUAGUACCACAGUGGAGGAUGGAAUCAAGGCCCCAAAGGUCAACAUGGACACUCCUAUCGACACACCAGAACUUGAUAUCGAAGCCAAAGCAGAUGCUGAAGUCAAAGGUACUCCGAAAAGUAAGUUUAGAAGGCUUUUCAAAUGGGGAUUCAUGUCUGGUUCAGAAAGUAAUGGUGACGAGUCUGAAACUGACGUGUCUAAUGCCGAUAUGGAGGUUCCUGUAUUCAAAAGCACAAAAUGCCCAGGAACAACCUUGAUGACAUUGGAGGAAUUGAGGAUCUUUUAAGCUCAUCGAAGAUUGACUCGGAGGCAAAGGAUUACGUCGUCAGCAAAGGGAUCCGCUUGCCAUUUGUAAAUGCU